AUGGCCCUAGAAAAUUUAUUGACUUGGGGUGAAAAAUACGGGGUCAACAUACCUGAUGGUUUAAAAUUUCAACAUGAUGAAAAGAAAGGUUUCUAUUGUAUAGCCACCAAGGAUGUUACUAAUCCAACGAUAGAAAUUCCACAAACAUUAAUCAUAUCUGGAAAAUUAUCUCGAGAUGUAUUCGCAGAUAUAGAAACGAAUGAUGAGAAUAAUAAUUCAUGGCUAAAAUUGUUGUUUGCUAAACUGAAAUUCGAUAAUAAAGCCACUUAUCUUUCAACUGAAGAAGGUAAUGAUAAAAAUGAACCUUUAAAUUUGAAAUUUAAGCCAUAUAUUGAUGCUUUACCUAAGAUUGUCGAUUCUCCAUAUUUGUGGACUCCUAACGAAUUAAAGCUAUUAAAAGGUACUAAUUUAUACAAUUCUCUGUUUGGAAAACUACAUACAAUUUUCAAAGAGUGGUACAAUUUAAUCAAUAAAAUGAAUGAGAGGGAAUCUUCUAAUUUCCAAGUCGAUUUUACAUUAGUUGAAGGAGAAUUGAAAAUAUAUGACAACUGGAGCAAUAUUGAUUUCCAUAAUAAUUAUCACGAAUUUUAUAAUAAGAUCAUAUUAGAAACCGUCGAGCAAAGGCCAAAAUGUUGGUAUUCAUUCUCUUCAUUCCUUUGGUCACAUUUAAUUUUCAUAUCAAGAGCAUUCCCUGAAUAUGUCAUUGAUAAUACACGUUCACCAAGCAAUGUUGUACUUCUACCGAUUAUUGAUUUAAUGAAUCAUGAUUAUAAUGCGAAAGUUCAAUGGUCAUCCACCAAUGGGGGAUUCACUUAUAAUUAUAUUGGGGGUACGAUUGCUGAAAAUAAAGAACUAUUUAACAAUUAUGGAGCCAAGGGGAAUGAAGAGUUACUUACAGGAUAUGGAUUUGUUUUAGAAGAUAAUAUGUAUGAUUUAGUUCUUUUAAAAAUAAAACCCCCUUUGAAAGUAAUUUCUGAUAUUUUGCAGAAUGAACCUAAUUUAGAGUUACCGACACUUGAUGAUUACACGACAUUUGCAUUUGAACAAGACUUUACUAAAGGAAAAGAUCAUGACGAAGAAGAUGAUCAUAAUGAUAUUUCCUCCUAUAAAGAUGGUAUUAUCUAUGUUGUAAAUCCUAAUGUCAAUAAAGACUAUUUGGAACCGUUAUGGAAUAUAUUUACAUAUCUCUCUAAAAAGAAAUUUGAAAAAAUGACCGAUUUAAGACCGAGAUUGGAGGGGCUACAAUCUUUAAGGAAUGCUCUUGAACAUAAACUAGAGGGACUAGAGGAUACUCAAGAAACUAAUUUGUCUGAGCAAAUAUGCUUCGUCAAUCCAUACAGAAGAUAUUGCGCAACUAUAUAUAGAGAGGGUCAAAUACGAAUUUUGAAACGAGGUAUUUUGGAUUUGAGGAAUGAGGAGAAGAAUGUUAUACACGAGAAAAAGAGAUUCUUAUUGAAUUUCGGUAAGAUUACUAAACAUGAUUUUGAUUUUACAGAGAGGGAAUUGCCACAAUUACUGCAGGAUCGAGAAGACGAAGAAGAGAUGGUUUUCGAUUCUACAUUUGAAUUACUCGUGCUAUGGGUGUUAUUGAAAGUCUUGAAUAAGUCUUUCAUCCCAAAGCAUGAAUGGGUAGGUGAUCAAUAUAAGGUAUUUUUGUCUGAAGAAGACAAAUGUUUAUCUCCAGAGGAAGGCAAAGAAAUCUACAGGUCUUUUUUGGCAAUAAGGGGCAUACGACGGUGA